GUAAAAUUUAAGUCGCGGCGAGCGGACGUGUUUUAAAAUUAAGAGCGGCAAAACAGAGCGAAUAAAGUGCGAUAACCAGCAGAAACAGAGAUUUGCAGUCACCAAGAAAAGCGAAUAGAAAAUAAAUAAGGCGAAGUGCGUGAUUCGCAACCCAGCCAGUGUUGUGAAACUCCCGGCAGUAUCUAACGGCAAUCUGCGAAUGCCGACUCAAAAAGUGCCAGCAAAAACGUGACGCCAGUUUUUCAAAAUUCUCGAGCCGAAAAUCAUGUGUUUUUUGUUAUACCCUUGUGUUUUGUGUUAAACGUAGCUGACGACAAACAAAGUAUUAAAUUGAGUGCGGCGAAAAUACCCAGCCUUGUGUUGUUGUUACCAUUAAAUUCCCCUUGCCUUGCCCGCCCGCACACACACGCACACACCACAAAACCGAAAAAAAGUGCAGCAAAAAUAAACCAAAAACAAACCGCUAAAUUUGCAGGUUAGCCAGCCCUUCCCAAAGGGGCGCAAAAAAUCAAUUAUAUGUUGGCCAGUGCCGGGUUUGCCGUGGAAUCGGGUUGAGGACCAUCGAUAGCCACACAUCAUGACGGAGCACCAGGCGGAGGAGCAGGCGGCCCCGCCUCCCAGCAAGGUCAAGGCCGCGCCCACGCCCACGCCCAGCUCGAAGUUCAAGGACGCCAAGGAGGAGGGCUUCCUGUCCACCUCGCCGGACAGCGCCAAUGGCGACGCCCAGCAGAAGCCGCCCGCGGACCAGCUGGCCAUGUCCUCCGCCGGCCUGCAUCCGGAGAAGCCGGGCGCAGCCCGCCCCCUCAUCCUGCAGGCCUUCCACCAGUGCUCCACGCCGGAGCAGUGCGUCACGCUGCACAACAUCCUGGACUCCUUCAAGGCGCCCCUCUCCGAGGACCAGGCCUGGGCCCUCAUCCACCAGUUCGCCGGCCUCUACCACCAGGUGGCCGUGCAGGCCCACACCUGCGCCGCGGACUACGAGGCGGCGCUGCCCACCGGAUUCGAGCUGCACUUCCACCGCGACGGCAGCGUCCACUUCUCCGGCCAGGAGCGGCUGCCCCGGGAGCAGAGCCUGCCCCAGGAGCGGAGCGCCCGGGAGCCGGACGCGGUCGGGGAUCAGCCGGACCACAGCGCCAGCAGCAGCGGCGACAGCAGCGCCGUCGUCAUCAACAGAGCCUUCGACAACAACCAUCAUCACCAUCACCAUCACCACCACACGCCGCUCGUCGUUUCGCAUAGAAAGAUUAUCAGCGAACUAGCGGAGAUCGUCUACACUGCAUUGGACUACAAUCUGCCAGAGGACGAGGAGUGCCAAAUGUCGCAGGAGCUGGAGAACCUCUUCAACUUUAUGACGGCGGAUGAGGCAGACGACGAUUGCAUUGACGAGGGCAUCGACGAGGGCGACAAGCGCUGGGACGACGACUCCGAGGAGGAGCGCAACGAUACCAAAGAACUAGAGCACAUAAUCGAGACCUGCAGAAAUCACAUAAAAACCACCCUGCCCGAGAACCACUACAAGGCUGUUUGCCGAGCCCUCGUGACCGAGACCAUAGAGCUCCGAGUCUUUCUGCAGCAGGUCCUGAACAAUGCAGGUGCCGAGAAGCUGAUCAAGGCCUCGGAAUCGUCGACCACCACGCAGCAAGAACUGGCGAAGCUGGGCUUCAACGACUGGGCACGCUUCUGGGUGCAGGUGAUCGACGAACUGCGGCGGGGAGUGCGCCUGAAGAAGAGCAACCACGAGCGCACACCCAUCGAGUACGAGCUGACGCCCUACGAAAUACUCAUGGGCGACAUCAGAGCCAAAAAGUAUCAAUUGCGCAAGGUGAUGGUGAACGGCGAUAUUCCGCCGCGCGUCAAGAAAGAUGCCCACGCCAUGAUCUUGGAGUUCAUCAGGUCACGGCCGCCGCUGAAGAAGGCCAGCGAGCGCCAACUGGGGCCGCCGCGCAUCUGUGAGCCUUCUCCGCGGGAGCAGCUGAUGGAGUCCAUUCGGAAGGGCAAGGAGCUAAAGCAGAUCACACCGCCGGAGGCGCCGACCCUGAGGCAAAGGAUGCUUCCAAGUGCAAACUCCACGCUGUCACGAUCGAGACAGAGGCUCAUCAAAGUGGAUUUCUCCAAGUUCCAGGACGAGGAUCUCUUCUACGACGAGUCCAGCAUCAGCAGCUCCCACUCCACAGCGGCCACCCACCAGCAGCAGCACCAGCAGCAUCCGCACCUGGCCGAGAUGCACCGCUGCUCGCAGCCCAAGAUGCCGCCGUACCCCUUCGGUGGCUACAUGGUGCCCAGCCAGGCACGACAAGAUUGCCGGGAGACGGCGACGCUGAUGCGGCCCCGACGCACAAUGGACCCAGCCAGACAGGCGGCGCCUCCCGAGGAGCCAUCCUUCACGGAGGACGAGUACCACAGGUUCUACGACACGGCCCUGGAAUCCUACGACCUGGCCACUCAGUGCGAGUCGAGGAGGGCUUCCCUGCGCCGCCACACCAUCGUGGGCUGCCAGAGCAACCUGGACGAGACGCACUCCAUGCCGCCCACGCGGCCCGAGUCGCGUCAAUCGGACGACGUCAACAAGGAGACGCCCAAGAGAAGUCCUGCGAACCAGGCCCAUCCCCCAGACGAGGCCAGUUCAACAUCCUCGCUUGGGCCAUGGAACAAGUCCUUCAUGGACAAGCAGACCUGGAUGGAACGGGGGGACGAUCGCCUCUCCGUCACGCUGGCGGAGAUCGUUCACAUCCGUUCCGUCAUGACCAAGGCGGAGCUGGAGGGCCUGCCGAUGGACGUGCGCGUCAAGGAGGAUGUUGAAAAGCGGCGCGUCUGCUUCCUGUGCCUGCGGACGCGCUUCUCGUUCUUCGGCCCCUGGGGCAUCCAGUGCAAGCUGUGCCAGCGCACCGUCUGCGCCAAGUGCUACACCAAGAUGCGCAUUCCCUCGGAGCACUUCCGCAACGUGCCCCUCGUGCUGAUCUCGCCAUCGCUGCUGUCCAGUCCGGCCAGCUCGAGCACCCCGUCACCCUCCCAUCACGCCCAGCAGGCGCACUCGUCCUCGACGGGGAACAUCAUGGAUGACCAGUUCCCCAAGUCGCUGAUCGAGCGUCUCCUGCGCUCCGAGUCAGAUCGAAAGACUCGCAGCACUGUGGGCAGUGCCCCGUCAUCACCCAAGCACCAAAGAUCAAACAUGAGCACGCCGGGCAUUAGCGUGGGCCCCGGAGCACACUCUUCCUCGGCCGCCACUGGGCAGGCUGUGGAGGCACUGCACGACCAGGCGACCAUGUCGGCCUCCUACUCCGCGGCCAUGCGACCCUCGGGCGUUCAUCAGCAGCAGAAGCAGCACUACAACAACGCCAUGUCGAGGAGCAUGGAGGGACCGCGGAGUCUGCCCGUGCACAGCCCAGCAUAUCGACCGCUCUCCAACAACAGCACGCUGGAGAGGAAAUCCCGCUUCUCGAGGGGCUUCAACUUGUUCUCCUCGGGCAGCCACCUGGCCCAGACGCAGGAGCAGAAGGAGAACCUGCGGGGCGAGCAGGUGACCGUGUGCAACGACUGCCAGGGCCUGGUCAACGAGAUCACAAGCUCCGUGAAGCAGAAGCGCAGCUCCGCCCGGAACCGCACCAUUCAGAAUCUCACCCUGGAUCUGACGCCCGUCUGGAAGUAGGCGGGAUCGGAUGGAUCACUAGGCAGUGCGUUUGAAGACCGUAGGAUGGUCGCCAUGGAGUUCUAACGACUGACUUGGCUCUAUAUCGCUAUACUUACCAAUAUUGACCCAAUGACCUGGAUUGACUCACCGACGGACAGCCGACAACGGACGCUAUUUGAUAACUGACCACGUUUCCAGAACUGUUUUGAAUUUUCAUUCUCACCGUGACUGUUUUAGGGCCUUCGGAACGCACUUCAAUAAUUAGCUAUUUACGAAUACGUGGAUUAGAUCGACUGUUGUACACUUAAAGGAUAGGGCCCCAAGGAGCCCCGUUUGUAAAUCGUGUUAGUCUAGUGAAUAAGCAAUGGAGAAUACCGAGAAUUCCUGGCUGAAGCUUUGUACAUUUUCUGCCGGCUACAGAGAGAUCCGCUUGAGCGCACCCCACCACAUACUAUUUAUAGAGGAGAUAACCCACGUCGCUACACAUUAUAUUAUCGCAGUACGAUCCCGUUGUUUAUAACUGUUUAAUUUAUGCGUAAAUGUUGACUAAGUACAUAUGAAUAAUCGUAACUCUUGUAUCCGCGUAUAUCAAGUGCACAUAUAUUCGAUCUUAGUUGUAAACCCGGCUCCUGCUCUCGAUUUAGCAUGAGCAAAGUAUCGUACGGAAUACAUACAUCCAUAUUCGCUAUACAAUUCCCAGUUCGGAGAAGGAAUUUCGGUUGUUUAAUGUUGAAGAUACUUAAACAAGAAUGUUGUGAAUCUUUGUGCUUGCGCAGAUCUUUGUUUACCUUGUGAAGUUUUCGUUUCGUUCCCCCAUUAACUACAACGUCAAUGUAUAACGCAAGAACCACUUGAUAGCUAAUUUAAUUUUAGUCGGCGUUGCAAUGCAAGCCAAACUACUUAGUUAAUUCUUUAGUUUUAAUGCUCCCCUAAGUGCGUCUAUUUUGUAAGCGACCUCUAUUUAAUUGUAAAAGCUGAUGAUGCAAAGCGAACCCAUAACGAAAUCAUUAAACUACCUAAUUGUAA